GUGAUUUAAUGGCUCAGAGUAGAUCUGGUGCUGAAAUGUAGCAGUGUGCUGUUGUUUUGUGGUGCUGUGGUGAACAGACUAUGAGCCCUUUGUCAAAUUGUGACUCUCUCUCACACACACUGAAGGGCUUUCUCCCUCACAACUGUGUGUCACUGCUCACUGUGACUCACUGUAAGCCAGCCAAACAAGCUGACAUGGCACUUAUGAAUCCCCAAGUAAAGCCUCGGGCAGAGAAGCCGCAGGAUGUUGCCAGUAAAAUCUAGAGGCCAGUUAAAAAUAACUUAUUUCUCUCUGAGGGAACGGAGUAGCAGCUACACAGUGGCAUGGCCGCAUCAGAGGACAGUGUGAGCGCCUGGAGCUGUAAGCACGUGGCCCAGUGGCUGCAGGAAGAAGGUUUCGGGGAGUAUGUGGAGUUACUUUGCACCCAGCACCGCCUGGACGGCCUCAGCCUGCUGGCUCUGACUGAGGCCGACCUGCGGGGGCCUCCGCUGGGCCUCACUGUGCUGGGAGACAUCAAGCGGCUAACCAUAGCUCUUCGCCGGCUCCAGAGACAGAACCGGGCUCAGCUGGAGGAGCUGGGUCUCCAGUCUACACAGAGUCUCCCUGCUGGCCUCUCCGCCGGUGCCGCAGGGGCUGAGUGGAGCUGUGAUGGAGCUGACAGGAGGUAUAAUGGAGGUGAUCGUUUGUGUAAUGGGACUGAGCUGAGGUUGAGGAGCGGUGACAGAUCUGGAUACAGUUCAGGAGCUGCGUUGUGUCAUACGCACUCUAACGGGAGGUGCAGGCAACAGCUGGCUGGCAGGUUGGACCCAGAGGUGUGGAAGACGAUCAUGAGUUGUGUGUAUGUCUUUCUCGUGUUUGGAUUCACAUCUUUUGUCAUGGUCAUCGUGCAUGAGCGUGUCCCGGACAUGAGGACGUACCCACCGCUGCCUGACAUAUUCCUGGACAGUGUUCCCAGAAUCCCUUGGGCUUUUGCAAUGGCCGAAGCCUGUGGCCUCAUCCUGUGCUACAUGUUUCUGUUGAUCCUGCUCCUCCACAAACACAGGUCAAUUCUCUUCAGACGGCUGUGUUCCUUGAUGGGAACUGUGUUUUUGCUUCGUUGUUGCACCAUGUUUGUCACCUCGCUCUCCGUGCCUGGUCAGCACCUAAAGUGUGCCAGCAAGACAUAUGGUGACGCCUGGGGGAAGAUAGAGAGGGCGCUACUGAUCUGGAGUGGAUUUGGGAUGACUCUGACUGGCGUCCAAACGUGUGGAGACUACAUGUUCAGUGGACACACUGUUGUCAUCACGUUGCUCAACUUUUUUGUGACUGAAUACACUCCACGAACCUGGAAUAUGAUUCACACCAUCUCCUGGGUGUUAAACCUGUUUGGGAUUUUCUUCAUCCUGGCGGCUCAUGAGCACUACUCCAUCGACGUGUUCAUCGCCUUCUACAUCACCACCCGCCUCUUCCUCUACUACCACACGUUAGCCAACACCCGUGCCUAUCAGCACAGCCGGAGGGCUCGCAUUUGGUUCCCUAUGUUCUCCUUCUUUGAGUGCAAUGUGAACGGACCUGUCCCCAACCAGUAUCACUGGCCCUUCGACAAACCUGCCUUCAUGAAAACUCUGAUUGGAUAGAGUGUGCUUUCAGAGAUAAGCAGCUGCAAAGUGCAUGGACUCUGGAUGAGGAACUUUUUACUUGAGAUGCUGCUUCUUGUCUUUGGACGGUUAUGAGUUUGUCAUGUGCAAGUUUUUCCCCUAUCCGUAUAAAUGUACGAUUUUUAUUUUGUCAACUAAUCCAAUGCUUUAAGGAAUAGUUUUACAUUUUGGAAAUAUGCUAAUUUAGUUUCUUGCCAAACGUUAGAUAAUAAUGCAAAAAAGUGUAUUUCCUAAAAUUUUGAACAAUUCCUUUAAAUUUUAUUGCACAGUGCAGCCAAGUAAAACAAAGAAAUGUGGUUUAUUAUGGCGCCGAACAACUGCAGGUACGGAUAACUUUCUUUCAGAUUUAUGUGCCUUUGAUUAAUCACUUUUAUCGUUCAUGUUCCACUUUGGUUUUAUUUAAGAUUCACUGGUGGUUUGCAUGUUUAGUCUCACUCCACAUCUGCAGGAGAACUUUAGAGGUUUCACACAGCUGUGGUGCAGGUUGAUACUGUAGUCGUCACUUUCUCUGGAGUUGUCAUGGUCACAGUUUACAUGUUGUUUUGCUGCAAAGAGAUUUGACACCUGUUUGGUAACUUCUACCAAAGGAGCAAUUGUUUCUUUUGAUGAGCAACAGGAAAAAACAGUUCCUGUUCUCUUCUGAAAGAGAUAUGUUUCAGUCAUUGUUUGUUUUUGUCAUUGACACUUUAUACAUUGAACUCUACAGCUUUGUCGUAUAUUUGAUGUCACAGUUGGGAUAGUGGAGCUUCCUACAUUCACAGUUAAACCAAAUAUCUGAACAUUUAUUGUAAUGUUCAAUUUGCCAAUCAGCCCUUAGAAUAAUUAUUUCUUUUUUCUAAUUUGGUGCUGUGUUUCAUUUUGUUUUUUUAAAGAUUUUGAAUUAUGUAAUGAGUAUAGAAAUGUAUGAGGAUGAAUUUUGUUAAAGCUUUAUUGUCCAGAGUUUUCCUCUGUUGCACAGUACAAAGACUGGCGUUAUGGAUAUAAAAGUAUAUUGUUUACUACAUCAUUGUUGAUCCAAAGUAUGUCUCUUUAAUAAUUGUUUACAAUUUGUCGCUUUAUUUGCAAUGCAAGUAAUCUAUCUCUGCCUUUUGGCUCAGCAAUAAAAGUUUACAGAUAAGCAAU